UUGGGGGGUGUCAUGUGUUUCCAGAUAGUGACCUUGACCAGGGAAUGGCUUUUGAGCUGAGCAACAACUUUGUUCCUUCCUGUGAAAAAGGCAGUAGCUUUUCAGCAACUCCCAAGAAAGAACCUCACUCCAACUUCACAAGGUGUGGCUCAGCAUCGCUUUAUCAACACAGCAGAUUGGGAAGCAGCUGGACCUGGAUUUCCCUAGUGUCAUUGAUAAUGGCAAUUCGUUUUGGAAUUACCUUCUUCUUCUUCUCAAUCUGGAUUAUAAACCUCACAAUACAGGGCACUUUUCUUUUAAAAGAUAUUUACACUUCCAGGUGCCGGAUUGCUGGAAUUACUCUUGUUUCAUAUAAGAACCAAGCUAAUUUUAACUUCACCGAAGCACAGCAGGUGUGCAAGCAGCGUGACUUAGUACUGGCACAUAACUCUGAGGUAGAAAAAGCUUGGAAGCAUGGCUUUGAAACCUGCAGUUUUGGCUGGGUAGCAGAAAGAUAUGCUGUCAUUUCCCGGAUAACUCCAAAUGAAAAAUGUGGUCAAAAUAAAACUGGAGUAGCCAUCUGGAGACUCCCAGUCAACAGGAAAGCCCGUGCUUACUGUUAUAAUUCUUCAGACAUAUGGAUCAAUUCCUGCAUUCCAGAAGCAACUACACUUUCACUGCCAGAUGUAUCAACAGAGAUGAACUCCACUUCAACAAUCUUGCCUCAGGACACUUCAGCAAUGGUUCAAACAUCAGAGCCACCGCAGACUAAAGGUCUUCAGAAGUUAUAUCGUGUUAAAUGUGUAACAGAGAUCAUAACACCAAAGCCAACCACAGAAGAGGAAAUAGUACUUUCACCUGACAAACGAACUGCCUUUAAAAAUGAUGGUGUCCAGUUUGGAGGUGUAGCCAUUGCUCUUCUUGUGCUUGCCCUCACCUUCUUUGUAGCUUCAGUGGUUUUAGCUGUCUGCUACAUCAAAAAAUACAAGAAAACAUUUCCAUUUUCUAAAAAGAAUGAGAAGAAAGAAGAAAUUGAAACCAAGAAUGUCAAACAAACAAAGACAAGUGAUAUAAGUCCUGAGCAGGAACCGAAGAAUGGAAAAAAGGCAGGAGAAUCUCAGCCCAAGCCUGAAUCACCAGUGAAAUGCUUGGAAGCAGAAGUUUAAGAAAUGACAUCCAAAUGGACUGACCUUAGAUGACUAAAAGGCAGAAAUUAGCAAAUAGUUUAUAAGGAUAGUUGUAAAUGCUGUCAAAGUCGGUGUCAUGUACCUCUUAUAAACUUUGAAUCUAUACCUCCUAGCUAUAAGUUGUUAUUAUAAAAUAUGCAACUCUCCAAAUCAGAACAAGUUUCAGUAUGCAGAUUUUAAGUCUGUUUGGUGUAAAUAAUUAUCAAGUUUUAAGUAAAGGUAAAGGUUUUCCCUUGACAUUAAGUCCGACUCUAGGGGGUUGGUGCUCAUCUCCAUUUUUAAGCCGAAGAGCCGGCGUUGUCCGUAGUCACCUCCAAGGUCAUGUGGCCGGCAUGAAUGCAUGGAGUGCCGUUACCUUCCCACCAGAAGCGGUACCUAUUGAUCUACUCACAUUUGCAUGUUUUCGAACUGUCAGUAAAAAAUAUCAAACCAGGAGAAACCUGAUUUGAAAUCCAAGUUCAAGCAAGGAUUCAAUGACACAAUAGACAAUUUCCCCUUUUACAAAGAAUUCAAUGGAGAGUCCUCUAUGUGUAAAUUGGGUGGUGAUUCAAAACAAUUUUCAAACUUUUUCUUUGUUGCGAUACCACUUGAAAAAAAACACCCUGCUAUAAGUCUAGAAAUGACUGCAGACUGCCUCUUUGUGCUGUGUGUUUCAUUACAUAAUUCCAAAAACGGAAGCGUUAAAGUGGAAAUAAAAGAUCUGAUUCACUUUAGAAAAAAAUGGGCACACUCUGUGAUAUACAAUAAAUCUUUCAGAGAAAAUUCACCCAACAGAUUUUACUUUGGACAGUUAACUAUACAAGGCUCUAGAUGCAACGGUGCUUCAACUUUUCUUGAGAUUUCCCAGGCAUGUACACAAAUUAGGAUCUGUGGACUCCAGAUCUGAAAAGCAUUUCCAGAACCAGGACUGUAUAACCUCCUGCUUGUUUUAUUAUUUUCCAACGUAUUUGCUAUUUACUACAAAUGCAGCUACCUGUAAAAACCUAUGCAGGUUUAGCCAGAAUUUUGUCCCACUGAGUGUAAAGUAGUCUACUUUCUAGUAAAUGUUUGGUGCUGCAGUACAAGGUAUCUCUGAAACCUGAUACAUUGCCAUAUUCACUCAUUAUCCAUAUUAUUUAUUAAAACUGCAUGGAAAUUAGAUAAAUCAAGAACUACAUAGUUAUUACUAUACAACUGUCUCAGAUAUAAUCAAUCAACUAAACCAGAUCUUGAUGAUUAUGGAAGAUCAACCUCACAAUGGAUAAUAAAAACUACCAAAAUGUA